AUGGCAAUAUUAAACUUUGCUGAGGAAAGUGGAGCUAACGCCAUCCACCCACUUCCUUGGUGCCAUGGCCCCCCGAAACGGCGAUCUGGACUCCUGCUUCAGUCCAAGAAACCCAAGUCAGUUCCUGCUGCGAAGCUGGAGGACAAGUCAGUCUCUCUUGACCUGCUUAAUGGAGAAAAAGAACAGCAAGAAGCAAUUGAACACAUUGACAAAGUACAAAAUGAAAUAGUUAAUGAACAAGCCAGUAAGGGAAUUUUGAAAGUAGAACAAAAUUACGACAAACUCCGCCAGCCAUUUUUCCAGAAGAGGUCAGAAUUGAUCGCCCAAAUCCCAAAUUUUUGGGUAAUAACAUUUGUCAGCCAUCCACAAGUGUCUGCACUGCUUGGGGAGGAAGACGAAGAGGCUCUACAUUACUUGACCAGAGCUGAAGUGACAGAAUUUGAAGACAUUAAAUCAGGUUACAGAAUAGAUUUUUAUUUUGAUGAAAAUCCUUACUUUGAAAAUCAAAUUCUCUCCAAAGAAUUUCAUCUGAAUGAGAGUGGCGAUCCAUCGUCAAAGUCCACUGAAAUCAAAUGGAAAUCUGGAAAGGAUUUGACAAAAUGCUCAAGUCAAACACAGAAUAAGGCCAGCAGGAAGAGGCAGCCUGAAGAGUCAGAGAGCUUCUUGACCUGGUUUACUGACCAUUCUGAUGCAGGUGCAGAUGAGUUAGGAGAGGUCAUCCAAGACCAUAUUUGGGGGGCAAACCCCUUGCAGUACUAUUUGGUUCCUGAUAUGGAUGAUGAAGAAGGAGAGGCAGAAGAAGAAGAAGAAGAAGAAGAAGAAGAAGAAGAAGAAGAAGAAUUGGAAGACAUUGAUGAAGGGCAUGAAGAUGAAGGUGAAGAGGAAGAUGAUGACGAAGGGGAGGAAAGUGAGGAGGAUGAAGGCGAGAAUAACUAG